CGAAGGAAAUGAAAAAAAAAAAAAAAAAAAAAAAAAAAAAAAGGGAAAACAGAACGAUCCUUUCUUUUCUGUUCUUAUUUAAUUCGUAUUUCUUUUUCCCCACAGUUUCCAAUGGCACAACAACAAGAACAACAACAAGAUGCUUCUUCUUCGAUGAUUCAUACCAACGAUCAUGACGGCUUUGAUUCUCUUCCCGAUUCCCUCAUUCUUCUGAUCUUCAACUCUGUUUCCGAUGUCAAAACUUUAAUCCGUUGCAGAGCCGUUUCAAAGCGUUUCAACUCCCUCGUUCCCCAUUCCGAUUCCCUUUCUCUCACGGUCGAUUGCGUCAUUUCCUCCGACUCAGAUUCCGAUUCCGAUUCCGACCAAAACUCCUUCCUCCUCUCUUUCUUCAAAUCCGUCGUCAAAUCCUUUCUCGAUUUGCUUUCCCCUAUUCUCGUCCAAUCCGAAACACAAAACUCUCCCGCACAAAUCCUCCGUCAGUUCCUUCAGAUCCAGCAUCUCCAGAUCGAGUUUCCGACUACAGAUCUCAAGGUCGAGCGAGUCGUUAAAUGGAGAGCGGAGUUCGGUGACGCGCUUAAGAGCUGUGUGAUUUUGAUUUUUCGUGAAAUUAGGAAGGGAGCGAUUGAAGAAGAUGAUGUGGAUUACAAUUUGGAUUUCAUUGGAGGGUUGAAAUCGAAGGUGUUCAUGACGAUUAGUACUCUGAUUACGGCGUCGGCGAGGCACCACGUGUUGGGGGAGGUGGUGGAGGAGCAUUUGGAGAUGGAGAGUUUGGUAUUGAGAGACAGGGGAGGGGAAGGCGUGGUGGUGAUGGAGAAGAAGGGUUUAGAGGAGUUGAGGAGAUGGAGAAUGGGAGACGGAGGAGAAGUGGCGGAGUGGAGGAGGACGAGAACGAGGGUUCCGAGCACGACGGUGAGGAUGAGGCACAGGGGGAGGGUGGAGGUCCGGCGAGGGAUGUGGAUGGAGGAUGCGACGUUGGUGGUGGUGAGGCCUAGUGGAAAUUGUAGAAAGAGUGGAGAUGGUGACGUGGAUAAAGAGGAUGCGGAGGUGGCAGUUAAGGCAUUCGAGGGUGAUGAUGUGUACAGAGAGGCAGUGGAAGCGUUACUGAAGAAGGGGAAAAGGUAUCAGUUAGAAAUGAACUCUUUCUAGAUUUUUCUUUUUUUUUUUCUAUAAAUAUUUAUAUUGUACAUUUCUAAAUUAAAUUUAUCUUUAGAUGAAAGUUAUAAAUAU